UUAAUCCAAUGAUUGCUGAAGGACCUAUGCAUUCCCUAGUCGGUAUUAAUCCGAUGAUUGCUGAAGGACUUAUGCAUUCCCUAGUCGGUACGGCGGUUAAUCCGAUGAUAACUGCUGAAGUACUUAUGCAUUCCCUAGUCGGUAAUAAGUACUUCAUUGAGUCAGAGGAAUCCAAGUUAUUUCUUGGUGGUCGUAUGUUAGAUAAGUAUAAUAA